UGGCUGAGAGACCCGAGCUCAGCUGGUUCAGGGUCUGGAGCUUUUCUGAGGUUGAAGACGCUGGGAGUAAGAAAGCUGCUGCAGAUUGCUGGAGAAAACCUGAACAUCUGAUCAACACAAAUCUGUCUCAUACAACCCCCGUUUAUCUCCCCGUUUCUGCAGACUACAGGUUUCCUUCCAAGGCUUUUGGUAAGAUGGCGCUUUGGUACCAGCUUCAACAGCUGGACUCGAGAUACCUGGAGCAGGUCGAUCAGCUUUACGAUGACGCCUUCCCCAUGGAGAUUCGUCAGUACCUCAGCCAGUGGAUUGAAAGCAUUGACUGGGACACUGUAGCCCUUGAUGAGUCCCUCGCGAGGCUGCGUUUCCACGACCUACUGAGUAAACUGGAUGAGCUCUACGGUCGCCUGAACCCGAGCAACAACUUUCUCCUUCAGCACAACAUCCGCAAAAUACAACGCAACCUGCAGGAGCACUUUCAAGAAAAUCCGAUGUACAUGGCUAUGAUCAUAUCCAACUCCAUGAAAGAGGAAAGGAGAAUUCUAGAGAUGGCCAUUAGAACACAGGAAAAUAUGGGCUCCCCUCAGGGCAAUGUUGUAAUGGAGAAGCAGAAGCAGCUGGACAGCCAGGUGAACGAACUGAAGAAAAAAGUUCAGGAAGCCGAACAAGACAUUCAGGUUCUAGAGGAUCUACAGGACGAGCAUGACUUCAAGACAAAAACAUUACAGAGUAGAAUGGAGGUUGAAACAACCAUACAAAUAGCCAAAGAGAUUCAGUUGGAGGAGUUGAAGAUCAGAGAAAUGUUCCUUAAGCUAAAUACAAUGAGACAGGCCGUAGUAAAAGAGGUAUUAAAUGCACUAAACUUAGCGGAUUUGACCGAGAACAAGCUAAUAUCAGAAAAGCUUCCAGAGUGGAAGCAGAGGCAGCAGAUGGCAUGCAUUGGUGGUCCUCCAAAUGCCUGCCUGGAUCAGUUACAGAACUGGUUUACCUCAGUAGCUGAGUGUUUGCAGCAGAUUCGUCAUCAGCUGAACACGCUUCAGGAGCUGGUGCAGAACUUCACGUACGAUAACGACCCCAUCGCUUUGAACAUGUGCUCAUUGCAGGAGCAGGUGUUGUCACUCUUCAAAAACCUACUCAUCAAUUCCAUUGUGGUGGAAAGACAGCCAUGCAUGCCCACUCAUCCGGAGAGGCCCCUGGUGCUGAAGACUAAUUCACAGUUCACAGUUAAACUCAGGUUGCUGGUGAAGCUCCCGGAAUUGAACUGCCAGCUAAAAGUCAAAGUCUCCUUGGAUAAGGACUUAACAGAUAAGAAUACCUUCAAGGGCUUUCGUAGGUUUAAUAUAUUAGGAACCAGCACCAAGGUCAUGAAUAUGGAGGAAUCAAACGGCUGCCUGUCUGCAGAGUUCCGGCACUUGCAACUGAAAGAACAGAAGUCAGUUGGUAGAGCCAAUGAGUCUCCUCUUCUCAUCACAGAGGAACUUCAUUCCCUCAGCUUUGAGACUCAACUCAAACAAUCAGAUAUCACCAUCGAUAUAACGACGACGUCACUUCCUCUAGUGAUGAUAUCUCAUAACAGCCAGAUUCCAGGUGCCUGGGCCUCCAUCAUCUGGUUUAACAUGCUCUGUACUGAUUAUCAGAACCUUGGGUUUUUCCUGAACCCUCCUCCAAUGAUGUGGGGAGAGCUGGCCAAGGUCCUGAGCUGGCAGUUUUCCUCCAUUACUAAGAGAGGCCUUAAUACAGACCAGCUGAGCAUGCUGGCAGAUAAACUACUCGGUCCUGAGGCUCAGGGAGACCCGGACACCGCUGUCAACUGGUGUAAGUUUAUCAAGAUGCCAUCCAAUGAGAGAGGAGUCGCGUUCUGGCUGUGGCUUGAUGGGAUCCUGGACCUCAUCAAACGAUACCUUUUGAACAUCUGGAAUGAUGGGUAUAUAGUCGGCUUCGUUACUAAAGAGAAAGAGAAAUCUAUGCUACAGGACAGACUCCCGGGAACGUUCCUACUGCGCUUCAGUGAGACGUGUAAAGAUGGUGGGAUCACCAUCACGUGGGUGGAGCAGUCCACGAACGGCGAAUCCAAAACUCACUCGGUGAAGCCUUACAGGAAGUCCGAUCUGGUCAGCCUCCCUUUCCCGGACGUCAUUCGGAACUACGCACUGAUGGAUGGUGAGAACAUUCCACGAAACCCUCUGCUCUACCUCUAUCCAGACAUCCCUAAAGACGCUGCAUUCGGGCGCUACUACAGCAGUCCGUCUGACGAGGACAUGGAUGUGGAUAAUCCGAAACAGAGUAACCCUUAUCUGCCCAGACGAAUCAUUUCAACGUCAGAAGUCCAAGAUGGAAGACCAGCCAGUGCCCUUGAUCCCAGAGGAGCCUGGAGCACGCCAGCACAUUAUGCAAAUAAAGGGAAUGUACAAUCUGUGUGACACUUUACAGGGUUAUAAAUCCUCAUCCUCACAACCAUCUCCAUCCCUCAGAAGAGCAGAUUUUACUGCAUAUAUUUUGUUAUCGUGUGUGUGUGUGUGUGUGUGUGUGUGUGAGAGAGAGAGAGACUAAUAUCAGUGUUUUUACACUGUAAGGUUGAAUUUAUUCUUUUUUGAAUGGCACAAUUAAAGCGUUUUUAUGUAUCAGCAACACACACACACACACCAGACAUUUUUCCCUACAGCUUUAUUUAAUAUUGUACAAGUGCACAUGGCUCCUGUGCACACGCCUCUGAACUCUGUGACAUGUUACCUGUGAAAUUAAAAUCAAUUCGCACAAAGAAAA